AUGUCCAAACAAGAAGAGCAACAGUUGCCCAAUUACGGCCCAAUUGAUUAUGUCAAGUUCUUUGGUGCUGGUGCCCUUGCGGCGACCCUAACACAUGGCGCCGCAACGCCCAUCGAUGUCGUCAAGACAAGAAUACAAGUCGACGACGCGAUGAAGGGCCUGAACAUGGUCAAGGCGGGGCGGACCAUCGUUGCCAACGAAGGCGCUGCAGCGCUCCUCACAGGAUUUGGGCCCACAGCCGUUGGGUACCUGAUACAAGGUGGAGGAAAGUUCGCAGGCUACGAGUUCUUCAAAAAGAAGUUCAUUGAGCUGAGCGGGUCCACCGAGAAGGCAACCGAGCGCCGAACCGCCAUCUACCUGGGCGCGUCCGCCACCGCAGAGUUCUUCGCCGACAUUGCCCUGUCACCGCUGGAGGCGACUCGCAUCCGUCUUGUGAGCCAGAGAGGCUACGCGAGCGGCCUGGCCACAGGCUUCAUGCGGAUGGCGCGGGAGGAGGGCCUCAGGGGAUUCUACUCGGGCUUCGUGCCGCUGCUGUUCAAGCAGGUGCCGUACGCGGUGGGCCAGUUCUCCGUGCACGAGGCCGCCAACGAGAUGAUCUACCGCGCCAUGGGCCCCGAGAGGAAGGCAAAGCUCACGCAGCUCCAGUCCACCGGCGUGGAGCUGACCUCGGGCGUCGUCGCUGGUGUUGCCGCGGCCGUCCUGUCCCACCCCGCCGACACGCUGCUGUCGGCUAUUAACAAGGGCGCGGGCGACAAGUCCCAGAGUACUACUGCCAGGAUGUUCACCCUGGCGCGUGAGUUUGGACCUAAGAGGCUGUUGACUACGGGGCUAGGCCCCCGUGUGGUCAUGACUUGUGGCCUGGUCGCCGGCCAGUUUGUGAUUUAUGCGCAGUGCAAGACGCUUGUUGGUGCUCCACCUGGAAUUGAGAUUCACAAAGAGGAGUCGUUGGCUGGAAACGCUCCUCAGAAAACUGUUGAAUCUUUACUCAAGCCCCAGAUCAUUAUGGCCAUGGAAAAUACCGUCGACAUGCCAGGACUGACUCUUGAGGAGUCGGAUAGGAUGCACAACGAUGAGCAGAACGACUUCCAAGAACCGGAACAACAGUUCGAAAUCAAUGCUAUUGAAACAGACGAGGGCUUGGAUUUGAGGGAGUCUUUCGAUUCAGACGACAGUCUUGGAUCAGAUGGAACACCCGAAAGAGACGAGGAUGUCGAAACAGAUGAAAAGGUCAUCCCGGUCGCAAGCCUUACCGUGAAUGAGGAACAAGACCAGGAGAAUGAUAGCCUGCAAGCUGAGAAUGAUGCCUUGCACGCACAGGAGCAACAGGCACAGGAGCAAAAUGCGCAGAAGCAAGAGCUCGAGCAAGUGGAAGAAGAAAACACUGCGGUCGGAAAUUCCAAUGAAAUCAAAACCACUCCAAAGAAGUCGAAGUGGCUUGCCCAGUGGUUUCAAUGGCAGGAGGAUCUGUAUUGA